AUGCGAGCUGUGCUGUUUCUCGUCCAGUCUUUUCCUCGACGAUACAGUGGCAGGCCAGUAAACCUGGUGUCUUACGUCAGGAGUACCACGGAGGAGCUAACUGGACAAAAUAAAGUGUCCUUGGCUCAGGCGGAGGUGAGGAGAAAAAGGGAAGAGCUGAAAACAUGGCGACAGAGCGUGUCUGACGCAACGGCUCUCCACGAGGAGAUUCAACAGAGACUACGACACGUGUACGCUAUCAAGACCCAGCUGUACCAGGCGCAGCGCCGCGACCUGGCCGCUCUACAGACCAUCAACUCUGAGGAAGAGAGCCUUCUGUCAGAGGAACAGUCACAGGGAGUGAGUCUUGAGUCCCUCAAGUUGAAAGAGAGGGAAUGCUUCGAGGCUCUGGGAGACGCCAUUCUGUCCUCGCACGAGAAGGAGAGGGCACAGUCGGAGAAGCUGAAGUAUUAUUCACGUCUCGGCUCAAUCCUGGGAGCAGUGUUUGGAUUUGCGGGUUCAAACCUUUUUCUACGAAGGGAAGUUCGAAAACACCAGAGAUUACUGGAGCAGAAGAUGAACGAUAUUGAAAGGACCCUGCAGACGCAGCAGCAGGUGAUGCCCCAGCAUUCUCCAGACACUGCUGUGAUUAGCCAGACCCUGGGUAACGAAUUUAGAGAGAUUAUUGUUGAAGAGAACGAGAAACAAAUGAAGGAGUUAGAAGACAAGAUUAUUUCGCAAUUUUACGAUGAUGAAGAAGACAAGGAUCUGUUGCCAUUUCUUUAUACUGGUCUUGGAGUAGUGAUGGCUGUAGGAAUUUGCACACUUUCAUACACCGUUAGCAUUGCAGGACGGUGA